AUCAAACAUUACAAAAGGAAACCGUAGUUAUAUGACUACGAUCUUUCCCUGAUACACACUUUCAUUUUGGUUCACCUUCAUCUUUGAUUUUAUUUUCAUCACUUUCAAAAUGAAGAUUCUGGGUGCAGAGUCUCUUCAUCUUGUCUAUGCACUCCUGAUUUUUCUACCUAUGCAUACUUCAAUUGGAUCCAAUUCAACAACAGCUGAUGAUGGAGUUAAGUGCAUAGAGAACGAAAGACAAGCUCUUCUUGCAUUUAAGCAAGGUCUGGUUGAUGAACAUGGAUGGCUUUCCUCAUGGGGCAGUGAAGAAGGGAAAAAGAAUUGCUGUGAAUGGGAAGGAGUUCAAUGUAGCAACACAACUGGGCACAUCACUAUGCUUAAUCUAACCACAUAUCCAGAUUACCGUUAUUUUAUCUUAAGAGGUAAUCUUAGUCCUUCUCUAUUUGAGUUGCAGCAUUUAAUUUAUUUAGACCUCAGUGGGAAUAAUUUCAACUUAAACCACAUUCCAGAGUCUAUUGGUUCGCUCAACAAAAUACGACAUCUUGAUCUCUAUCAGUGUAAUUUAAGUGGAUCUCUUCCUAGUCAGCUUGCAAACCUCGCAAGUCUGCAAUAUCUUGAUCUUAGCUAUAAUAACUUCAACAGUGUCCAAAAUCUUGGGUGGCUCCCUCGUCUUUCUUACUUGCAAGACCUUGGUCUGAGUGAUAUCGACUUUAGUACGGUCAACAAGGAUGCGCUGCAAGUAAUUAAUAAGCUUCCUCAUCUAACUGGCCUGUCUCUAUGUAGAUGUAAUCUUCGAGAUGUCAAUCCCCAGUAUUUCCCCAAAAUUAGUACUUCUAGUACUUCUCUUAUUCAUCUUCGUCUACGAAGCACCAAUUUGACUACUUCUGCAUUCCAGUGGUUGUUCAACUUUAGCAAAAGCCUUGUUAGUCUGGACUUGAGUUCUAAUCAAUUUCGAGGUCCAAUUCCAGAAACUUUUAGUUAUAUGACUCAUCUGGAAGACUUAUUCCUCGAUGAUAAUCAGUUUGAGGGGGAGAUUCCAAAAUCCUUUUGGAGUGGUAACUUGUCAUCAUUGCAAUACUUGGGGCUCUCAAACAAUAAACUGAGUGGUAAUAUACCCAAAAGUAUGGGAUUGCUGUCAAAGCUUGAGGGCUUAUCUAUUUCUUUCAAUUCUUUUAAUGGGGUGAUCACUGAGGAACACUUCUCAACACUAUCUAACUUAUGGUACUUGAGCAUGUCUUCUAAUCAUCUGAGCAUCAACUUCAGCCAUGACUGGAUUCCUCCAUUCCAGUUGAAAUAUAUUUAUCUUGGGUCUUGCAAAUUGGGCCCUGAUUUUCCAAGCUGGAUACAGACCCAAAGGAAUUAUCGGGUUCUUAAUAUUUCUGCAACUGGAAUUUCAAAUAGCAUCCCUAUCUGGUUUGGCAAGCUGCCUUCUACGGCACGAGUUAUAGAUCUUUCUUCCAACCAAGUCAGUGGAAUUCUUCCAAAUUUGUCAAGGAAUUUUUCAUCUGAUUCUCAUGCCCUUGGGAUAAAUUUAAGUGGGAAUCAUUUGGAGGGUCCUUUACCGUCAUUUCCUGCUAAUACCACACACAUAAACCUCUCAAAAAAUAGGUUUAAUGGGUCAAUUUCUUCUCUCUGUCAUAUGACUGGUAUGUCUCUUGAGUUCCUCGAUCUUUCAAGCAAUCAACUAUCUGGAGAGCUUCCUGAUUGUAUGAUGCAUUGGUCAAGUCUGCAAAUUUUGAAUUUGGCUAACAAUCAUUUCUUUGGAAAAAUUUCAAGCUUUGUGGGAUCUCUCUCUUUGAUUGAAACGCUUGAUUUGCAAAACAACAACCUUUCUGGGAAAAUUCCUAACUCUUUAAGGAAUUGCAAUAAAUUGCAAUUUCUGGGUUUGAGUAAUAAUAAAUUGUCUGGAAAAAUACCAGGUUGGAUUGGAGACAAGUCAAAUUCACUAAAUUUCCUCCUCCUAAAAUCCAAUCAUUUUGUUGGAAAAAUCCCAUUAGAGAUAUGCCGAUUGACAAAUAUUUUGUUGCUAGACCUCUCCUGCAACAAUCUCUCCGGAGACAUACCACGGUGCAUUGGUAAUCUGAUUGCUUUGACCAGAAAGGACAUUUCAGCCAAACAUCAUUUCUUUAACUCUUCACUUGUUCAUAAUACAUAUUAUGAUAGUGAAGGAAGCUAUGCUGACAAAGCAUCUGUUAUAUGGAAAGGAAUAGAACAUCAUUAUGAAAAUCUCACACUUCAGAGGACUAUUGAUCUUUCAAGCAACAAAUUAACAGGAGAGAUUCCUGUCCAGAUAUCAGUUCUCUUGGAAUUGGUUCAAUUGAACUUAUCAAGAAAUCAGUUGACGGGAUGUAUUCCUUCGAACAUUGGGCAGAUGCGAAAGUUAGAAUCACUUGACUUGUCAUGGAACCAGCUUUCAGGUCAGCUUCCGCGGAGCGUGUCCCAAUUAAAUUUUCUCAGCAUCUUGAACCUGUCGUACAACAACUUUUCUGGGAGAAUCCCAUUGGGACCCCAAAUACGGACAUUUGAUGCUUCAUCAUUUGUCCAUAAUCCUGCACUCUGUGGGCUUCCUCUAACGCCAACUUGCCCGGGUGAUGAAAAAUCAGAGAGCAAACCAAAAAACAGAGACAUAGCUGAAUUCUGGAAAUCGUUUAAACCAGGUAUGAAACUUGGAGCAGCCAUCGGCUUUGUAGGAGUUUUGGCUGUGAAGUUAGAUCAUCCAUGGAAACAUCUCUGUUUCAUGUUGUUCAACAAUGUGAGGGUCCGCCUCAGCAACUUGAAGGACUGCUUUUAUUUACUUGUAGCAGCAGUUGGUUUGCUGGUGAGAGAGCAUGUAUCCAGAUUGGGAAGAAAUUUGAAGUUGUGCGAGCCAUCAGUCUCUCCCUAGAAGUGAGUAAAGGUCGAUACACAUUUAUUCUAAUCUUGUAUGGCGUCUUCAUAACUUGAUUAUAAAAGGAAUAACAAAGCAAAUAACCUCUUAUUUGUUUUAUAUCAGGUUCAAGAUGUUUCAUGUUGCAAAGGGAACUAGGAUGUCUUCUCUUCUUUCCGCAUCAAUAAGUGCAAGAUUGUUUC